AUGGAAACUAUUGACCACAGUGGUCAUGACGCAGACGCUGAAGGUACCUCGUCAGGCUAUGACUCAAGCGACUACUCCUCUGAUGAAGGCGUGAGCACGACCUCAAAAUCAAGAUCGUUCAGCCAAUCCAGUUCCAACCCAUCACAAGGCCGCUCUCACCCCUCACAGUCCUUCGGUCGGGGAGACGUCAUGAUGCUUAGAAGCACAGGGGACUUACAGGACAGCCUCUCCUUCAUCCUCAACAUGCCAGAUAUGUGUGACGUCACCUUUCUCGUUGGGAAGGAGAAGGCUCCUGUUCAUGGAGUCAAAGCCAUAAUGGCUACACGAAGCAGGUACCUAUAUCAGCUUUUGCUUCAACAUCAGAAACACUCCUCCUUGGAACGAUCAAAGACCAAAAAGAUCAAAGACUCAGCCUUUGCACAGAAACUCACCAUCAGCAUUCCUGACUACCAGAUUGGAGACUUUCGGGCGUUCCUCAAAUUCGUCCACUCGGGGAAAGCUAACAUCGAUUUUAACAAUGUGGUUGUUCCCAACAAGAGGAUGAACCAACAGCAGCAAGCCUGUUGUCCAAGACGACGAAGACGACGCCAAGAAGAAGACAUCAGUCACUGUCGCUCAGUCCCAUAA